AUGGCAGACUCACCACCUCCGCAAGUCCUUCUAAUCAUCCGCUUCACAGCCUCGAUUCCGGAUCUACCGCUCCCCAUCUCUACACCCAAGACGACCACAACCCUCUCCCUCAAGCAACUCAUCCGCAAGCACAUCCCUGCCGCUCACGCAACCUCCCGCCUCCGCCUCAUCCACGCCGGCAAGGUCCUCGCCGACACCGCACCGCUCACGACAAGCCUUAGCCUACCACCACCGCCGCCCCCUCGCGCCAAACCGCCCCCAAGCAACGAUGAUGUCAAAGGAAAGGGCAAGGAGCGCGCAACGCAGGACGAUGACAGCGCACCGGAGCCGCGCAAGGUCUACAUACACUGCUCGAUCGGCGACACCCUGACGCCGUCCGCCCUCACGGCCGAAGCCACCGCCGCCGCCGAGGCCGAGGCCGCGCUCGAAGCCGCGUUCAGCAGCGGUGGUGGUGGUGGCACCCGCACGGCAGCAACAUUACUCCCUGGGAGUGGUGGAGGAGCUUCCAGCUCGAGCAGCGUCGGUGCUUCCGCCGCUCAGCCAGGCGAGCCGGGCAUCAUCUCGUCGUCUUCGGCGGCGACGGCGACAGCUUCAACGGACGCCGCCCCGCGCGGCUUCGACCGCCUGCUCAACACGGGCUUCACGCCGGCCGAGGUGCAGCAGCUGCGCUCGCAGUUCCGCGCGAACCUGUCGUUCACGCACACGCCCGACACGAUGCCGUCGCCCGAGGAAAUCAGGGUCAUGGAGGACCGGUGGCUGGACAACGACAGUGGCGGCGGAGGCAGCGGUAGGCCCGGCGGCACCGUGACGGAUGGCGCUACUGGAGGCGAGGGCGGCGACGCUGGCGGCGGCGGCGGCGGCGGCUGGGGCACCGCGACGUGGUCGGAUAAUGGCGGGCUGGAUGAUAUGCUGUACGGAAAUGUGGUCGGCUUCUUUUGGCCGCUCGGGGCGCUGGGAUGGGGCUUUAGGGAGGAGGGCGUGUGGAGUCGGAGGCGGCAGAUUGCGGUGUUGACGGGGUUUUUGUUGAAUAUUAUAUUCGGCUUCUUGAAGCUGUCAGGGUGA